CUACGUUCACACGACAGAGCGGAGUGGGAAUGGUUGCGUCUGAUUCUUCCGGUCGGGAGGCUGAAUUUUCUCGAUCAAUUCUUCAUAUUAUUCUCUGUAUCUAGUUACUCGCGACCCGCGAAUAUUUACGCCCGCGAGCCUGCGAUUCGUGUUCGAGUCGGAAUUUUCGUGCCUAUCCUCGCAAGUUCUUUCUCCGCGCGAACGCGUGGCCGAAGAGCGGCAUAACCUAUCUGACAAUAGUCGGCCGCCAGGCGUUGUUACGUGUGUUUGUGUGCCACCCGAGACGACACAAUGGCAAUGAACGAGGAUUUCAAUUUCGCCGAGCUCUGCAGGCUCUGCUCGUUGAAGAGCAAUCACCAGAUCCAGAUACUCGAGAAGGACGGCGAACAACGACAGCUGAUGUUCAAGAUACGCUCCUGCAUUGCUACCUCGAUAUCAAAAGAGGAUGGAUUGCCAAAAAGUAUCUGUCAAAGGUGUAUCUACAAAUUGGAUAUGUUUUAUGAAUUUCGUCUCAACUGCAUUGCCACAGAGAGUGUGUUGAAGAAUUAUGCUGAUAGUUUAAAGAACAUUGCUACACACGAUCAGGGUACAGAUAAAGACAAGAUGUCAAACGGGGGACAGCAGCAGCAACAACGUUCGACUUAUGUGGAAUCGCACGCUUUAGCACACGCGACAUUGCAACAGCACAUGGCCCAACAGGCCGCUCAAGCGAGAUUAGCCGGACCUGGACCACCCGCGGCUCCGCAACCAUCCAACCCCACGUUCACUCUACCAGAUGACGGGCUCGGCUAUGAUGACGGGGUGCGGGUGCUGCGUGCUCUCGGAUCAUGGUCGUCAGAUUAUCCUGCCGCAAUGCGUCCCGGUAGCAUGAUGCCAGCAUUUCCUGGCGCAACCGACCAACAGUUUAGAGCACCUGUAAAUCAACCUUUACGGACGACGACAACGACGAAUAGCGUAGGCGUUCGUCCGGGAUCUGUUUCAAAAGCAACUAAUACGGGCGAACCGACUACGAAAGCAUUUUCUUGCACCGUAUGCGGGAAAGGACUCGCACGUAAAGAUAAACUUGUCAUACACAUGCGCAUACAUACUGGGGAGAAGCCAUAUUCAUGCGAAGUAUGCGGCAAAGCAUUCGCACGUCGAGAUAAAUUGGUCAUUCAUAUGAAUAAACUUAGACACAGACCUGGCGUUUCACCUCUCUCGGCGCCUACGACACCGAGAUCCGAUCAACAGCAGCAACAGCAGCAGCAACAACAGCAGCAGCAGCAGCAGCAGCAGCAAGCGCAACAGCAACAGCAACAGACAUCACGCCAGGAUAGCAUUCAUAAACUGAAGGAGGAGCCGGUGAACUGGUCUUGCGAAUUAUGCGGUCGGAUGUUUGCCCUCAGAGAGGAAUGGGCGCAGCAUGCUCGAUCUCAUUUGGAAACAUCCGCACCGCCUCAACAUGCCGCCCCAUACUUUCCCGGAUCUGCGCCGCCGCCACAAUCUUACCCGUCCGAGAGGAAUUUCUGCUUAGUGUGUCGCACCGAUUUCACAGAUAAGGCUGAAUUUUUGUUCCAUAUACGCACGCACUGCGACUUGCACGCGCAAUCGUCCGCGGGGCAACCAUCGAGUGGUAAACAAGGCGACGCUGCCACGGCUGAGCUCAUUGCCAGAGGACUUGUCGAUCCGUCUGGCUUAUGCAGCUAGAAUUACUCUUUUCCCUGUCAGUACGUACCGUCGAUUUGUGUCUUACCAUAGUACAAGUUUUCUGCUCCACUUUGACCAGAAACUUUUGCAUAGGAUGUCAUGCAUAUUGUGAUUGUAAUGAUAUACAUAUAUACCAACUUAUCGAUAAUAGGUACACAGUAGUACGUUCAAUAUUAAUAAGAGUAAUAGAUUAAAUAUGCAAUGUUGUUACAAUAUUUAUUUAAUUGCCUUGAUAAUCCAGUGUCAUUUUUCUUCUAACAUAUUUUUCUUAGAAACUUUAUCACAUGCAAAUGACUCAUUUACGAGACGUCUUCGUUGUUGAAAAACUGAAGACGAAUUUUACGUAUCAAACUUAAUCAUUCUCUUUUGGGAUGACAAUCCAAAUUAUCAGAAAAAUUUAUUUUUUAAUAUAAUCUUGAUAUUUAUAACAUACUUUAUAUUAAAGAGACAGCAGUUUAUGCAUUUUAGAGCAAGUACAUAUCAGGACAGUUUAUAUCGAGAAAUUAUUUUCAGAAAUACUACUGUGUAUCUUGAUACGAGAUAAGAUCUAUCUCGUUAUCGAGUAAAAGAAGUUUAGAUACUGACGCGAUAUUGAGAAUGCACUAUUGCGUCAAUAUUUAAAAGCUAUUACUUAAUAAUAUACGUUCCUACAUAGCUAGCUUCCCGCCAUCCAGGUACCAACAGAUUUAUUUUGUAACUUUUUAAUAUAUACAUAAUAAGUAUAUAAAGGUGUAUUUGCAUAUAAUCUCAUAAAACAAAUGCACAGAGAGAUCGAUUAUUCGUAAUAUAAGAAACAUCAUAUUGCAACAUACUUUAAAUUAGAUAAAAAUGUUAUAUUUAAAAAGUUACAAAAUAGCAAUCCAUAGCAGAAUGUACUUCCUGAUGUACAGGUUUGUUCUCAAUGCUAUUAUAUUUUUUAUAUAUAUGUGUAUAUACGUUUUACAUUACAACGUUAUAAUUUAGAGAAUUUAUUAUUUCGAUGCUAACGCGUGUUCUUUGAUAAAGAUUUUGAAAUUAAGAAUAAUGAGAACUGUCCGUGGUGACAGAUUAUAUUAUUUCGGAAAAUUAAUCAUGUUUUAUAUUGAAUUUUUAUACAAGAUGAUUUACUUAAAGUAAUAGUCUUAAAUAUUAUUUUUUUUAUUAAAUGUUUUUUAUAUAAUAAACAUAAAAAACUGCAUGAUUUCGAGAACAUCUUAAUAGCGUAUUUUGUUUUAUUAGGUGUCAAAUAUUCUAGAUGAAUUUUAUUUUAUGCAUAAGA